AUGAAGUGGCUGCUUACUUUUCUAUGCCUGAGCAUAUACAGCGCUGCAGUGCUCGCCCUGAGCAGUGCCGGGGACAGGCUGCUCGUUAUCCAGGAGGACGACUCUGAAAGGGAUCUGUUCUCGACCUUCUGGGCAGACUUGGAAAGCCUUGGACCUGCCCUGAGCCCGAAAGCGCUACUCGACUUUGUCAAUGAUGAUGGAAAUGUGCUGGUCGCCCUAGCUGGCGGUGCUCCUACUUCCAGCGGGAUCAGCUCCCUUCUGCUCGAGCUCGACAUACAUCUCUCCCCAGACCGAGCCCCAGUUGUUGUCGACCACUUCAACUACGAUACCAUAUCCGCCGCGGAGAAACAUGAUGUUCUCCUUCUCCCCCGCCCUGGCAAACUACGCCCUGACACCAAGCCGUUUUUCGGAGGAGAGGGCGUGUUGGCUCUUCCAAAUGUUGCCGCACAGUCUCUAGGGAACGACAGUCCCCUGUUGGCUCCUAUCAUUCGGGCCCCAUCUACGGCGUAUAGUUAUGACAUACGGGAUGACGAGCAAUCGAUUGACCAGAAGCUGCCUACUGGCUCGCAGCUCUCACUAGCCACGACGAUGCAAGCAAGAAACUCUGCUAGAGUCACUGUUCUCGGAUCAGUGGACAGCUUGAAGAACGAAUGGUUUUCGGCCAAGGUACAAGCACCAAAUGGCAAGAAAGUAGAAACCGCCAAUAGACAGUUUGCUCAACAGCUUACUGCCUGGACCUUCCAGGAGACUGGCGUUGUCAAAGUCACCCGAGUUGAACAUCAUUUGAACGAGAAGGGUGACGAGAAAUCCGGAACCAGAGAGCUGAACCCAUCAAUCUACCGUAUUAAAAACGACGUGACAUUCACCAUCGAGUUGUCAGAAUACAGCUAUGAUCAAUGGAUUCCCUACUGGGCCCCAGAAGAAGAUGCCGUCCAACUGGAAUUCACCAUGUUAUCUCCCUUCCACCGUCUCAACCUCCAACCCGUGGACAGGACAGAACACACCGCCAUCUACCAAACCUCCUUCACCCUCCCCGACCAACAUGGCAUCUUCUCCUUCCGCGUCAAUUACAAACGACCAUUCCUGACCAACAUUGAAGAAAAGCACGAAGUAACGGUGCGUCACUUUGCGCACGACGAAUGGCCACGCAGCUGGCGCAUCAGCGGCGGAUGGGUCUGGAUCGCCGGUCUAUGGUCAGUUAUCGGGGGAUUCCUUGCAUUCGUCAUGAUCUGGCUCUAUUCAGCACCACCAAUGAAAGGCGGCCUAGCGAAAAAAGUCCAAUAG